AUGAGCGUCUCACGGCCGGCGAGAUGUCUUUUCUCCGUCUCUACGACACCGAUAUUUCGGCCACGCAUACGAUGUCGAAAUUUCCACGCCUCCCCUAAUGCCUGCGAACGGCGACGCCCGGGCGCGGGCCUGCGAAAACCCGCCCGCGCAGUGUUCAAGAACUACACGCAGGAGGAGAGGGCCCUGCUGGCGAAGAAGUAUACGCCGGAGCAGAUCGAGGCCAUUGAGGCCGGAGAGGAGGCUGUCAGCCCGGAGGACCUCCACACUCGUGGUGUGAUUCGGACGGACCUGGGCGGGCUGCCGUAUCUCGAUGACCUGAGCGAGACUCGCUCUGUGUUGGAUAGGUCACAGAGGUACACGGGGCCGGUUGAUGCCAAUCCCAGGCUGAUGACCUUCGAGGAGAUGGACAAGAACUGGACGGCAGUAGAGGAGCAGUUCAAGAGGGAGAGAGACGCAGAAUGGCUCAUAAAUCCGCCGCCAGAGGAGGAGGGGGCAGAAGCGCUCGAUCCAAAUGGGAAUCCCUCCUCCCCUGGAUCAAAGUACAGGCGGGACAACCUGAGUCGCCUGGAUUACAUGGUUAUUGAGGAUCGGCUGUCUUCGUUCACAGGCGCAAAAGGAGAGGCUAUACCGAGGGAACACGAGAUCGACUUCACAGCUCCAGGCAUGCCCAAAAAGUUUCUCUUAGAUGAUGGGGUCAAGAAUACUGCGAAAACAGAGGCAGAAAUAGAAAACGAGGCGGACCCUCGGGAUCCUGAUGGCCUGUACAACCGCCUGAUCAAACAAACCGGCCUCACGCUGGACGAAAUCUAUGAAUACAAGAUUAAGAUCCUGGUCAGGCAUCGUGUCGUCAACCAGACCCGUCUGGGCAAGAUUGCGAGUAUCUACUGUCUCGCCAUUGCAGGAAACGGGAAGGGCAUGUUGGGCAUUGGAGAGGCCAAGGGGCAGGAGACGGAGGAGACGCAGCAGAAUGCCCGGGUCGCUGCAAUUCGCGCCAUGCGGCCUAUUCCUCGCUACGAGGAGCGGACGAUUUUCGGAGAGGUGGACGGGAAGGUGUCUGCUGUUGAAGUGAAGCUCAUGUCGCGGCCGCCAGGAUUUGGUCUCCGCUGCCAGCAUCUCAUCUUCGAAAUGGCGCGCGCAGCAGGCAUCCACGACCUGGCCGCCAAAGUGCCCCGCUCACGCAACAAGAUGAACACAGUCAAGGCGACCUACCAAGCCAUGAUGAAGCAGCGCAUACCUGACGAGAUUGCGCGCGGCCGGGGGAAGAAGCUGGUCGAUGUGCGGAAGGUGUAUUAUGGAGGUCAUGUAUAA